AUGGUCGGCAAACUAACGUACGACGCCUUCGUGGGCUGCAUCAAGGCCACGGCGGACAACGUGUCCGUCGACGACGGACGCAAGGACGAGGCUCCUUUCUUCACGGAGCCGGCCCCGGACGCCAGUGAGUGGACGAAGGACAAGCUGGACGCGCUCGAGCACCUUCUGCGCGACACCAUCGAGGGUCCGUGGUCGCUGCAGGCGGUGGAGAAGAUAUGGAUGGGGAGCAUUUUGACCCCUCCGUGGGCGGCGGCGCUGCACACGUCCAAAGUUGAUACGAGCAAGCACAGGUACACAACGCUCGUGCUUGCCUGCGCUCGCAGUGGAGGCACCGAGGGGACCCUGACACGAGCGAUGAAGGCCUCUAAAGUGUCGCUACCGAUACAGUCCUUCGCCGCGGUCGCAAAACUGUCGAAGCUGUUCAUACAGUGCUGGAUACAGAACAAUAGGCUCGCAGCACCUCCUCUACCCUCGAGCGAGCCAGCCCACAAGCCAGCCUCGGCAGCACAGCGAACAUCGAUCGUGCCUGCGGGCUCCAUUCCGACGGCCGUGAAGGCCACACCCCCAUCGAUCCCUGUGCCCGCACGUCAGGUGCAAACGCCCCGGCCCCCAGUGUCCCCCGACCGGCAGCGCAUGUCAGCCCCGCCGAUGGGGCCUGCGUCCCCCGACCGUGCGCGUCCAAACGCCCCAGCCCCCACCACGGUUCCUGUACCUCCCCCCGCCAUGGAACUUGCACCACCUCCCGGGACCACGGCUCCCGCCACGAUUCCCGCACUUCCCGCCACGAUUCCUGCCACGGUCCCCGCACCUCCCGCCACGAUUCCCGCCGCUGCAAGCGGCGAGGUUGCUGCACCUCGCCGCGUCCGGUCUCCAGUACCCACGACCCCUGACGCCCCCUCUUCGCCCCUUUCCCCCGUCCCCGUCCACACCCACGUCGCUGCACACUCACCCAACCCACCAUCCGCAGGUACACCGUCACCGGAGCGUCAAGACGUGACACGCGGCGCGCGGUCGCGGGAGUUGUCGCCACAAGACGUGGUACACGCGCAGUCCCGGGAGCCGUCGCCGCAGCCGCAGCCGCAGCCGCCAACGCGAGGGAGGCAUCGCAUUAGGCCCGGCACUUUGUCCACUGACGGUGGAGCAGCGCAGACCAGCCCGCCGACAGUAGACGGCACGGUGAAGAUUGGGCCUCCUACGGCAAACACGAGAAAGUCGCAGCCCCCGCCAGCAAAGGCGAGCAAGUCCCAGCUCACUCCAGCGAAGGUGGUCAAGUCCCAGCCCGGCUCGGCUCAGGCGGCCAAGUCCCAGCCUGCUUCGGCGAAGGCGGGAAAGUCACAGUCAACCCCGGUCAAGGGACGGAAGACGCGCAAGGACGCCGCAGAUGCUGGCGAAGAUGAGGGACGCCGUGCUGGCAAGCGCGGGUCGAGAGCCGCCCUCAAGAAGUCCGCGAAGGACACACCCAGCAAGCGGAACGUUUCGAAGAGAAAGAAAGUCGCCAAGGUCGAGGUCGAAGAUACUGACAGCGAGCAGGAGGAGACGGCUGAGCCCGAGCAAGAGGCUCAGACACCACAGCCCUCCGAGGAGGAAGAGGGCGAGGACCAGGACCAGGAGGAAGAAGAGCAGGAGCAGGAGCAGGACGAGGAGGAGGAUCAGCUCGAGGAGGAGAACGAGAGGGAGUUGAGGUCUCGGUCAGCGAAGGGAAAGCGUCGUGCACGCCCGACCAAGAAGGAUAAACGCCAGCCUGUGCUCCGUUACAAGUUUGUUGGCCGCUACCGGUGCACGUUGUGCCUGGUUCAGCAGCGGGCACAAGAUGGGGAUGGCCCGCUUGGAGAUGAUGUCGAUUGUACCGUGUCCGACAACAACAAGAGGUGCGACAGAUGCGCCUUCGGGCAUCGGUCCCCGUGCAGCGUCAAGAACUACGUUGUACGUGGGCUCCUGACGGUCGACGAGAACAAGAUCGCCACGUACAGCAUCGACGCCGACAGGGACGUAGUGGUCAAAAGCGAGGAGAGCGCUCCGUUGCCAGAUGUGGGCGAGGACUAUGAAGUCGCCGGCCCAUCGUCAGGUGUGGCUGCGAAGAGGCGGGCGACUGCGAACCCAGAGGCAGGCCCCUCGCGUCGCGUGCGUCCGCGCAUUGAGUCUCCUCUGGGCGGAGUCGACGAGGCAUCCCCUAUGUCAGUCGACGGUGACGACCUCACGGACCCGAUCGUAGUCGGCGGUGACGACCCCACGGACCCGAUCGUAGUCGACGGUGAUAAAACCAGAGACGCGAUUGUAGUCGAUGGUGGCGACGACACCGGGGAACCGAUCGUAGUCGAAGGUGACAACGCCAGAGACGCGAUUGUACUCUACGGUGACGACACCACUGGAGACUAUGCUCCCCUCGCCGAGAUGAUGAAGAAGUGGGAGACACGCGCGACUGAGACUGUCAGUCAGAUGACCAGCGUCUUCGAGCAGGCCCGCGAGGAGCAGGAAGCGGCGCAAUCUCACUUCUUGCGCGAGCUCAGCAUCGUCAUGGACGAGCGGAUCAAGGCAGGGAUCGACGAGUUCAUCAAGCUGAUGCGCGAGCGAGUGCCCAGUGUAGAGGUGCCCGCAGGCGAGCAGCCCGUUCCUUCGUCAGCCAUGACUGACGUGCAAGGCACUGGCCUCGGCGGUCGGUCGGAGGCAAACGACCUUGGCAAGACCGGUGCGCGCACCAUGCACCCGGAGCCCAAUGCGGACGUGGGCAUGGACGAGUAG